AUGGCUCCGUCCCGAGAUUUUGCUUCCCACCAGAGUGGUGGCUCUGGCACUUUACCAAGUACUGUGCCAGUGCUCAUUGUGGGCGGAGGUCCGACUGGCCUAUUGCAGGCACUCCUUCUAUCUCGACUUGGAGUUCAAUCAUUGAUCAUCGAGCGUUAUCCCGAGCGCCUAGCUGCUCCAAAAGCCCACGCAAUCAACCCCCGCUCUUUGGAAAUCUUGCGUCAAUUUAACCUAGGCGAGGAGCAUGUUCGCCAGCUAGGCACUUCGCGAGAUGAUAGCUCCUCGGUCAAUUUUCUCACCAAUCUUUGCGGGGCCGCGAUCGGCAGGCUUCCGUAUGAGCGGAUGGAUCCUGCAGUGUUGGAUGACACGCCAGAGAUGAUCCAUAAUAUACCCCAACCAGCCUUAGAGCAAGAAUUGUCCAACUUGAUUGCAAAGGAUCCCAACAUCACCUUAAUCAAGGGAUUCAGUAUUCAUGGUGUGGAGCAGGUAAGUACACAGGCCAUUUUGGUUACUAACGAGGCAACGCGGUUGACUGGAAGCCAGACCGAAGAUGAAGUCGUAGCGACUGUUGAGGAACGAUCAACUGGAAAACUCCAUCAAACAAAGUCCCGUCACCUCAUAGCUUGUGACGGCCGUAGAAGCAAGGUCCGCGAACUGCUCGGUAUUGAGUCUGAGAGCGAAGACUCAGACCAAACAAUGAUGACCAUCCAUUUCAAUGCCAAUCUGCGACCUGUCGUUGGUGACCGUGUCGGUAUGCUGUACUGGAUAAUGGACCCUAUAGCUGCGGGCUUUAUCAUCGGGUAUGAUCUCGACGGAAUCCAAGUACAUAUCAGCCAGGUAGACGUUGAACAGCACCCGGUCGAGUCGUGGACAGAAGAUAUGUGCAGGGCCAAGAUCCGCGGUGCUAUCGGUAAAGAUGAUGUUCCGUUUGAUAUCCUGAGCUAUCGCCCUUGGGUCUUCCGACGGCAAGUUGCUUUCACGUUCCAAGAGGGGAAUAUCUUCCUUGCUGGAGAUGCCGCUCACUCAUUCCCCCCAACUGGUGGACUAGGCUUGAAUUGUGGUCUUGCAGAUGUUCAUAACUUGGCUUAUAAGAUUGCCUUGGUUCACCGGGGAGUGGCUACACCAUCUAUACUUUCAACAUACACAGCCGAACGACGUGGUGUUGCGGAUUCCUAUUCCAAGCAGAGUGUUAAGAACGGCAAGGAGAUAUUUGCGCUGUUGCAGAGUCUCAAGACCGCAGGUGUCGAAGAUGUUGUACAAGCGCGAAAGAAUAUGAUGGCAGCUUUGGCGGAUCCGGCACAGCGCACACAGGUUGAGGCUGGUAUUGAAGGACAAAGAGAACAUUUCGAUAAUCUGGAGCUUCAUAUUGGAUAUGUGUAUGGAGCUACCAAGCCACCUGCUCAUGCUUCCCAUUAUUCUCCGAAAUUCGUGCCUGGGGCGCGCUUGCCUCAUGCUUGGAUCAGCUUCCCAGAUCGGUUCUCCCCGGAGACAGAGGCAGCGAAACGUUCUUCGCUGCCUCACAAGCCAGUCGACGUGUCCUACAUCAGGGAGCUUGACGCAGAUCAGGUUCGGGCUUGUCAGUGGAGUACCCUGGAUCUCUGUGGUCCUGGCUCUUGGACUUUGAUUUUGGGGCAGGAGCAGGGAAUUCCUCGCAUUACACUUUUACAGAAGCACUGUAACAUGAUCGGUGUACGCCUUAAUAUCUGGCGCCUCGGAGUGGACUUUGAAAUUGUCAGGCAAAGCUGGUUUGGUGAUGAAUUGGUCAAUGGUGGAGGGGUUUUGAUUCGCCCUGAUCAGCACAUCCUAGCAAGAGUCUCAGCAGAGACAAAUGGAGGCGACUUGGUUGUGGUAGUGAACAAACAUCUUGGGAUUUCGAAGUGCUAG